CCCGCGCGUGCAGGUGGGUGUUCAUUAGAAAACAGAGCGCCCUGACGAAACGCACUGAGUGAUUAGUUGACUAAUCCCGCCGCGACUGUUAUCCCGUUCGACAUUUCACGGAUUCCCCAUGAGUAUUCCUCCGGUGAUCCGUGCUCCGAGCCCCGUGCCCGGCUCGCGCGGAGUCUCCUUCCACAUGCAGAUCGGUUUGAGCCGCGAGCCCGUGCUGCUCGACUCCGGAGACUUCAGCCUCGCGCAGGUCCGGGAAAUGGCGUGUUCCAUCGUCGACCAGAAGUUCCCAGAGUGUGGCUUCUAUGGGAUAUAUGACAAGAUCCUACUUUUUCGUCAUGACCCAACCUCCGAGAAUAUCUUGCAGCUGGUCAAGUGUGCCGCUGACAUCAUGGAGGGAGACCUGGUGGAGGUAGUGCUCUCAGCUUCGGCUACAGUAGAGGACUUCCAGAUCAGACCCCACACUCUGUUUGUUCACUCAUACCGGGCUCCAGCCUUCUGUGACCACUGUGGAGAGAUGUUAUGGGGUCUGGUCAGGCAGGGACUCAAGUGUGAAGGUUGUGGACUGAAUUACCACAAGCGUUGCGCUUUCAAGAUUCCAAACAAUUGCAGUGGUAUUCGGAAACGGCGGCUGUCGAACGUGUCCCUCACCGGCCUGUCCAACACUCGUUCGAUUUCUGCUGAACCUUCCCCCAGCCCCUCGGAUGAAGCUUUACUAUCUCCUGUCAGUCCUAGUAUUGAGCAGAAGGACAUGUUCCCUGGAAGAGGGCGCUCCAACUCGUACAUAGGGCGCCCGAUCGAGCUCGACAAGAUCCUGCUGUCCAAAGUCAAGGUGCCUCACACGUUUGUCAUCCACUCCUACACGCGCCCCACCGUCUGUCAGCACUGCAAAAAGCUGCUCAAGGGCCUAUUCCGCCAGGGCCUGCAAUGCAAAGAUUGCAAAUUCAACUGCCACAAACGAUGUGCACCUAAAGUGCCAAACAACUGCCUCGGAGAGGUGUCAAGGAAUGGAGAUCUGUUGAGUCCUGGAGCUGAGUCGGAUGUGUUGAUGGCAGAAGGCUGUGAUGACCAUGAUAGUGAGGGAAACAGUCCCAUCAUAGAUGACAUGGAGGAAUCCCUGGUUGCAGACUCUUCAGCCCUAUUGGAUGUAGGCCACUGUGAACUCGGAGAUUUCCAUGAUCCAGAUCCUGAUGAGUCCAAUAGAAUCAUCAGUCCAUGCACCAGCAACAACAUCCCUCUCAUGCGAGUGGUCCAGUCAGUGAAGCACAUCAAGAGGAAAAACAGCAAUGUCAUGAAGGAGGGAUGGCUUGUGCACUUCACCAGCAAGGACACACUGCGUAAGAGGCAUUACUGGCGACUGGAUAGCAAGUGCAUUACUCUGUUCCAGAAUGAUACAGGAAGCAAAUAUUAUAAGGAAAUCCCCUUAUCUGAGAUCCUGUCCCUGGAGCCUGCUCAGAACUUCAGCUUGCUUCCUGAAGGUGCCAACCCUCACUGCUUUGAGAUUUCCACCGCCACCCUAGUGUAUUAUGUAGGAGAAAACCUGUCUCAGGAAGACUACUCUUUGUUCCACGGCAGCGUGCUGAUCAGCGGAACUGGCAGGGAUGUGGCUCACAUGUGGCAAACCGCCAUCCAGCAUGCCCUCAUGCCUGUUCUUUCCAAGGGCACAGCUCACAGCAGCCGACACAGCUACCACAAAGACGUCUCCAUCAGCAUCUCUGUGUCUAACUGUCAGAUUCAGGAGAAUGUGGACAUUAGCACAGUUUAUCAGAUAUUCCCUGAUGAAGUUCUUGGAUCUGGGCAAUUUGGCAUUGUCUAUGGCGGAAAGCACAGGAAAACAGGGAGAGACAUGGCAAUCAAGAUUAUAGACAAACUGCGCUUCCCGACUAAACAAGAGAGUCAGCUGCGCAAUGAGGUUGCCAUCCUGCAGAACCUUCACCACCCUGGGGUGGUCAACCUGGAGUGCAUGUUUGAGACGCCAGAGCGUGUGUUUGUCGUCAUGGAGAAGCUCCAUGGUGACAUGCUGGAGAUGAUACUGUCUAGUGAGAAAGGGAGGCUGCCAGAACGCAUCACUAAGUUCCUCGUCACACAGAUCCUUGUAGCGCUACGCCAUCUUCACUUCAAGAACAUCGUGCACUGUGACCUUAAACCGGAGAACGUCUUACUAGCAUCUGCUGACUCCUUUCCACAAGUAAAACUAUGUGAUUUUGGCUUUGCUCGGAUCAUUGGCGAGAAGUCUUUCAGGCGCUCAGUGGUGGGUACGCCGGCCUACCUGGCACCUGAGGUGUUGAGGAACAAGGGCUACAACCGCUCACUAGACAUGUGGAGUGUUGGCGUCAUCAUCUACGUCAGCCUCAGUGGAACGUUCCCAUUCAAUGAGGAUGAGGACAUCCAUGACCAAAUCCAAAAUGCUGCCUUCAUGUAUCCACCCAACCCAUGGAAGAAGGUGACUUCAGAAGCAAUUGACCUCAUUAAUAACCUGCUGCAAGUCAAAAUGAGGAAGCGCUACAGUGUGGACAAGUCCCUCAGUCAUCCGUGGCUACAGGACUACCAAAUGUGGCUGGACCUGCGUAAUCUAGAGUGUAAAAUGCAGGAGCGAUACAUCACACACGAGAGUGAUGAUAUGCGCUGGGAGCAUUUCGCUGAGCAAAAUGGCCUGCAGUAUCCCGCCCACCUCAUUAACCCUCAUGCUGAUGUCACUGAGGAGGUGGAGUCUGAAGAGGCCAUAAUGAGCAUGCUCAGCGAUCGAGUCAGUGCGCUGUAGUUUGCUGCCUGUCCCUUUAAGACACAACACAAAUAAAACCAAAUGCACACUUCAGGACAACACAAGUCUAAACACUUAUACUCUGCUGCCAUAUUAACACUUUCAUAUUGUACUUUAUUAUACUUCAGAAUAGUAAUGCAGUUUGCCAGACAUUCAGUGCCUAAUGAGUAUAACUAAAUCG